GAACACAAUGUUGGCUCCGUUUGGCCCCCCGGUUCAUACUCUCUCCUGACCACGAUCCGCGAGAACACCACAGAAGCCUGUCCGCCAGGCUUUACUCUGGAUCUGCGAACGAAUAUCCAGCCGGAUAUCCUCGCAAAUACCUUCUUCCGACCGAUGAGUUUCGCUGAAUACUUCGUAGAGAAGACGCCCGACAUCGGUGUGAACGGAAGCAUGCCAUUCUUGCAUAUCUGCAAACGAAACCCUCUGGACCUGGCCAACGUAACUUCAGACGCUGCGCGUGCUGCCUUCUGGCCAAGUGGAAACUAUUGUGUCCUCAUGGAUUUGGCCGACUGGCGGUGUCCACAAGGGUUGCAUCGAUACACCCGACAGCUGGCGGAACUCUGUUGCCACACUGAUCCACAGAACGUGACGACUCCCGUGAAGCUCCCAUUCGUUGGUGAUUUCUUCCUUAUGGGCGCAUUCGACGAACCAGACCUCAGUUGCCUGCCAAUCGAAAACACUCAUGUGGAAAAAUACGUAGUCCUACUCUUUUCCUCAGAAGACCCGCAUAUUCACAGUCUCUGCCAUUACAUGCCAGUAGAAUGGCUCACACAGGUACGCACAUGGCCAGUGGGCAACUACCUCCUUCCAAUUGGCAAACGCGGUGAGCAGGUAUCCGCUCUGGUGAACAGGAAUGGCCUCGAUGAGGCCGCGGUCAAUGCUGAUCGUGUUAAAUUCACCUGCCCCGUUGGCUUUCAACGCGUCCUGCACGAAUACGUGGUCUUCGAUGACGAGUUUGGACAGGAGGGUGUACCAGCCUCAGAUGACAGUACAAGUGGAGAGGGAGAGAUGACGGUGCAGCUGAAUUUCUGUCAACGACUGAGUGAUGUUUAUGCAAGUAAUCAGUCAGUAACAAAUGCUAGCAGAUCCUGGCCACUAGGUGACUACUGUGUCAUCGUGAUGGGAGCCAUUUGUCCACCUGAGAUGCUGGUUAAUCAGCUUCUAGAUGAACACUUUAUUCUGCUACAUAUGAAAGUUUUCUACAUGACAAACCACUUCUCCACCCUCUCGACAGAUGCUUCAAAAGAGCUUGUCAUGCGGGUACCACGCAGCUAUCUUAAGUCUCUGCGGAAUGCUACCGACUAUGGAGAACCUUAUGGCCCCAAUCUGCAUAACACCACUGAGGGUCGCAAGGUGACCUACUACUCGAUGUGUUGCCGAGAGGACCACAAACUCAUAGUGGACCUUCCAGCGUUUUCAGGUGGCGUGUACCUACCCGCAGGUUCCAGUCUGUGCUCCAGCAUCCCAGGCACCUUUAUUGAGCAUGAGCAUGUCACCACUUAUCUGGAUCCCACCCUGCUUGAUCCUUACGUGGGUGCCGACCCGGAGGGCUCCCAGUUCCUACGAGAGCACGUUAUGCCUGCGCCGUUUGAAGAACCGGGUAUAAUGACGUUGUGUUAUUACCAGCAGAUGAGGCAGCUCUCCAAUGAUUCAUCCUCGGAUGGCACCAGUAUCCUGCCCGAACUUCUAGAGCCUGGUAUCACAGCGCCCUCCCUUUGGCUGGCUGGCGAAUGUGGCUGUGCUGAAAACGCCUACUGUCGGCCCUUCAAACGCUUCUCCUGCAAAUGCAAGCCUGGAUACUUUGGUGAUGGAGUGCGCGUUUGUCGACAAGUCACACCACUGACGGAUGCCUGUGCCAAUCUCUGCCACCCCUCUGCGGAAUGCAAGAUUAGAAGGAAACAUUCCUUCUUUGGUCGCAGUAAGGAGGAGACUUCUUGCAUUUGCAAAGACGGUUUCGUCGGCGACGGGUUCCAUUGUCUACCCAGAUGCAGUGCUCAUAUCUGCCAACCCUUCAGUAGAUGCUACAUUCGUCGUGGAGUUCCUGUGUGCGAAUGCGUCAAGGGCACGAUUCAAGAUGGCGAAAAAUGCAACUUCGAUGUCUACUCGAGUUUGCAGGCUGAGAAGGACCUGCCACAGUAUAUGCUUCAACACCUUUCCUGUUUCGACGAUGAGGUCGUAAAGGCUCUUGUCCGUCAGGAACCUAAGCGCUUCUUCGUCCUCUUUGCACCGAUGAAGAAUAACGUAUUCGGUGAAAGCCGCUUCUUUGCCGUUUUCGCUUGA